AUGUCAAAAAUACAGGCCCGCAAGUCUCAGAAGGUGACGAAAAAGUACAUCAUCAAUGCCUCCCAACCGGCCAACGACAAAAUCUUCGAUGUCUCCGCCUUCGAGAAGUUCCUGCACGACAAGAUCAAGGUUGAGGGCCGCGUCGGUAACCUCGGCGAUUCCAUCCAGAUCUCCCAGGUCGGAGAUGGCAAGAUCGAGGUUGUCACACACAUUCCUUUCUCUGGACGGUAUUUGAAGUACCUGACAAAGAAAUUCCUCAAGAAGCAACAGCUGCGCGAUUGGUUGCGUGUCGUCUCCACCUCCAAGGGUGUAUAUGAGCUGCGCUUCUACAACGUCGUCAAUGACGAGGCAGAUGAGGAUGAGGAUUAG